UAUUUGCAAAGUGUGUCACAUGCAUGUUGUUGUGAUAAGCUGAAGUUUCAUAUUUUGAUGAUCUUUUUUCAGCCACAGCUUGAAGUGACCGAGGUUUCCUCUCUUUCUGUAGGAAUGCUCCCCCUAUGCUGCUCACUUGUAUGAUGCUGAGGAUCCUUCCACUCCUGUGCGGACAGUGGCAGGACUGUGCCAAGAAUACUGUGAGCAGGUGUGGCAAAAAUGUAGGCCCAUAUUUCACUAUCUCUCUGUGGAUAAAGAAUUAUUAGCCCUGGAAAACAAUAUGGCAAAGUUCUGCCGCUAUUUGUCACUUGACGAUGUGGACUAUUGUUUCCCUCGCCUGCUAGCAAAUGAGAAUCUUAAUAAAAAUCUUGGGUUAGUGACUGCUGACUCAGAGGGUUGUUUCCAGUUGUGCCUAUUAGAGGUAGCUAAUGGUCUGCAGAAUCCUGUUGCUAUGGUGCAUGCAAAUGAUGGAACUCACAGAUUCUUCAUUGCUGAACAAGUUGGUUUAGUUUGGACUUACCUACCUGAUCGGUCAAGGCUAGAAAAGCCAUUUCUGAACAUCAGCGAAGCCGUACUUACCUCACCUUGGGAAGGAGAUGAGAGAGGUUUUUUAGGUAUUGUCUUCCACCCUAAAUUCAAAUUUAAUAGUAAAGUUUAUGUCUACUAUUCAGUCGAAGUUGAUUAUGAAGAGAGAAUUCGAAUAAGUGAGUUCAGAAUUUCUCCUGAUGACAUGAAUACUUUGGAUCAUAGUUCUGAAAGGAUCAUUUUGGAGGUAGAAGAGCCAGCUUCCAAUCACAAUGGAGGAGAGCUGCUCUUUGGAGACGAUGGUUAUCUUUACAUAUUUACUGGGGAUGGUGGCAUGGCUGGUGAUCCUUUUGGGACAUUUGGAAAUGCUCAAAACAAAUCAGUGUUGCUGGGCAAGGUGUUACGGAUCAAUGUGGACAAUAAUGACCAUGGGCCUCUAUAUAGAAUCCCUCCAGACAAUCCUUUUGUUAGUGACCCAAAAGCCCGACCUGAAAUCUAUGCCUAUGGGGUGAGAAAUAUGUGGCGCUGCUCUUUCGAUAGGGGUGAACCCUAUACAAAGGAAGGGAAAGGGCGACUUUUCUGCGGAGAUGUAGGACAGAAUAAAUUUGAAGAAAUCGACAUUGUAGAGAAAGGAAAAAAUUAUGGCUGGAGGGCAAGGGAAGGAUUCAGCUGUUAUGACAAGAAACUUUGCACCAAUUCUUCACUAGAUGAUGUGCUUCCAAUUUAUGCUUAUCCACACAAAAUGGGGAAAUCUGUUACAGGAGGCUAUGUCUAUCGGGGUUGUGAGUCUCCAAACCUGAAUGGGCUGUACAUAUUUGGUGAUUUUAUGAGUGGACGCUUAAUGUCCUUGAAAGAGAAGAAGUCCACUGGAGAAUGGCAGUACACUGAAAUUUGCAUGGGAACAGGACAAACUUGCAUGUUCCCUGGGCUUAUCAAUAAUUAUUAUCAGUACAUCAUCUCUUUUGCUGAAGACGAGGCAGGAGAACUUUACUUCAUGUCUACUGGAAUACCAAGUGCCACUGCUCCCAAUGGAGUAGUUUACAAAAUAGUAGACACCUCACGGAGAGCACCCCCAGGAAAAUGCCGCACUGAGCCUUUGCAAGUGAAAGUGAAAAGCAGGCUCAUAAAGUUUGUGCCGAAGGAGAAACUGAUUGUGAAAACUCCAACUCAACCUCCUAGACUAAGGACUACUACCAAAGCCCCAGGGAGGGGUAGGCCAACUGCAGAAACACCUCAUGCCACCACUGCAGAUUGGGUGGAACAAAUCUUGAACCUACUAAGAAAUCAAAAUAGAGUACAGGUGACCUCCAGAACACCAACAACCAAACCUCCGAAGUCUAGGAAAGGGGGGAAGAGUGGGGAAAGGAGAGGACGGAGAAGGAAACCCAAACCUGCCAGCACCCUGUCUCCCCCACAGCUCUUGAAUGGUGCCGUGCGACUGAUGAACAGGCAAGCAAGAGGAAGGGACCGGGGAAGGGUAGAGGUUUACAUCAAUGGAGAGUGGGGUACGGUGUGUGAUGACUUGUGGAACUCUAAGGCAGCAGCUGUGGUGUGUCGCCAGUUAGGGUUCCCUUAUGUUGUCCGGGCAACCAAGAGAGCAGAGUUUGGGGAAGGACGUUCACUUCAGAUUCUUCUGGAUGAUGUUCAGUGCACUGGGCAGGAAAAGAACCUGCUGGAAUGCACACACGCAGACAUUGGCAAACACAACUGCUCUCACAAAGAAGAUGCCGGAGUGAUAUGCAGCCAUGAAGACGAUGUAAACUGAAAACUAAUUGCAGAACAUUGGGAAGAAGGGAAGGGUAGAAUUGAAUUAAACUCAUCUUUCUCGCCCCCCCCUUUAAACAAUGGAUGUAUUGAAUAUGGUGUAUUUAUCCCUGAGGAUGCUAUAAAUGAUUUAAGUAAA